UCGGCCGAUCGUGGGGUACCAACGGCUCGCCUCGCCUAUUGAGGUUAGUAUUUUCUGAUCUUUGCACAGUGAUUGUAAUUCCAGAAAUGGAUAAACUGGAUAAACACAAAUUAAUUAGUUGUGUGUUUAUGCGCGAACCAAUUUGGAACAAGGAAAACAAAUUUCACACCCACAGUUUGGUUCUAUCAAAACUGUGGCAAGAAGUGGCAACGGAAUGUGGAACAACAGUGAUAAUUGCUAGAAACCGAUGGAAAAGGCUUAGGGAGCAGUUCCUAAGAAAGAUUGAAGAUGUACCAAUAAAUCAUUUCGGAGAUAGAUUUGAAGAAGAACAUCUAAGCUGGCAAUAUUUCGAAUCUCUAUUGUUUUUAAAGGAUCAGCGCAUAGUAAGAAGAGGUAAAAGAAAUUUCCCAACGGAAGACGAAGCAGAAGUCGAAAAUUCAACAUGGUUAUUGGAAGGUCGUGAUGAUGAGGGUGAUCAAAGCAUACUAAAAAGAAGUAAGGGAGAUUUUCCUACACAAGAAGACGAAACCUCAACGUUGUUAUCAGAAGGUCGUGAUGAUGAGGGUGAGGCGCCAAAUACGGAUGAAUUUUUUUUCACUGAAACUACAUCAGAUGUUUUAAGAGAAGUUUCACCUGCACACACAUCUUCAUUCUCGUCAUUUCCAAAAAAAUCAAAGAAAAAUACAGAAAUAGACGAAGAUGAAGCAUUUUUUAACAGCACUUUACCGCAUUUAAAAACAUUGACUCCAAAACAAAAGUUGAAGUUUCGUAUUAACGUAAUGCAAUUAUUAGAUAACGAAAUCCCGUCAACCACAAAACCUACUGGCCCUAAUAAUAAAAAUAAUAAUGGCUAAUCCAUACCAUUGAAAUGUGGAUGGCUAAUCCAUGAGAGUUUCCGGAGGCGAUAUGCGAACUCAUCAGCAAGCUUUGCCACCAAUCCUGCAUUUCAGCUUUUAAGUAAUGCCAAAUAUUUAUGAUGACAUGCACACAUGACUUUCACAGUAAUUUGUAUUAAAUUUUUUUCAAUAAAAUGUUUAUAUUUGAAA